GGUAUUGCAAUUUUAGGAGCUGGCAUUUUUGCCACAGAAGAACACCUGCCUGCGCUUGUGCUAAACAAGGCGAAUAUCAAGGCAGUCUACUCUCGUUCUAAAUCUACUGCAUCCACACUUGUGGCAGAAGCAAACAAACUCGGUGUCACCAAUCUUGACCUUUACUCAGAAGACACAUCUGGACAUACGCUCGACGAUCUUCUUAAACGCAGUGAUAUUGAAGCAGUGAUUAUCGUCUUACCAAUUCUGGUGCAGCCAUCAAUUGUUAGGCGUUGCUUAGCUGCUGGCAAACAUGUGCUUUGCGAAAAGCCAAUUGCCAAAGAUGUUGCAACUGCCCGCGAAUUAAUCGAGGACUACAACAAGCUGUACGCAGGCAAAGGGCUUAUUUUCAACAUUGCUGAGCAAUUUCGAUUUAUGCAUGAAUUCGAACUUGGUCGAAAAUGGAUCGUGGAAGAAAAAGCUGUCGGCGAUAUUACCCAAGCGCACCUCAGAAUAUGGCGCAAUCAACCUCCAAACGGGAAAUGGUACGAAACUCCGUGGAGAAAAGUACCAGAAUAUCAAGGAGGUUUCUUGCUCGACGGUGGAGUUCAUCAAACAGCUAUGCUGCGAUACAUUUCAGGUCAAGAGGUUGUUGAAACCGCAGGUUUUGCUCGUCAGGUUGCGCCUCACCUCCCACCUCUUGAUACUCUUAAUGCCGGUAUCCUACUGAGUGGCGGAGGAACUGGGACCAUAUCAAUGUCUUUUGCGUCUACACGACGGGCUUCGGAGCUUACUAUCAUUGGAUCAAAGGGUAGCUUCUUCUUGACUGAUGGUCCCGAUGGCUUCUUGUUGUCUCUUGAUCUUGCUACUGGAGAGAGGAGAUCGGAAACAAUAAGAAGUAAAGGGGUGGAACUAGAAAUUCAAGCAUUCUUAGAAGCGGUUAAAAUGGGGAAAUCGGAAAAGAAGGCAGGCCCAGAGGAAGCACUGAAUGAUCUGGCAAUUAUAGAAAGCAUG